GUCCUGCUGGAUUCGAAGGAGUCGCAGGCGGAGCUGGGCUGGACCUCGCGUCCCUCCAACGGGUGGGAAGAAAUCAGUGGCGUCGAUGAGAAUUACAAGCCGAUACGCACGUAUCAAGUGUGCAACGUCAUGGAGUCCAACCAGAACAACUGGCUGCAGACGGGCUGGAUCGCCCGGCGGGACGGCCAGCGCAUCUUCAUUGAGCUGAAAUUCACCCUGAGGGACUGCAAUAGCAUCCCUGGCGUGAUGGGCACCUGCAAGGAGACUUUCAACCUCUACUACAUCGAGUCCGACUCUGACCUGGGCCGCAGCGUCCAUGAAAGCAGGCACACAAAAAUAGACACCAUUGCUGCUGAUGAGAGCUUCACGCAGGGGGACCUGGGCGAGCGCAAGAUGAAGCUCAACACGGAGCUGAGGGAGAUUGGGCACCUGAGCAAGAAAGGCUUCCACCUGGGCUUCCAGGAUGUGGGCGCCUGCGUGGCCCUGGUUUCCGUGCGGGUCUAUUACAAGAUGUGCCUGGCCACGGUGCAGAACCUGGCCCUCUUUCCGGACACCGUGGCGGAAACGGCCUUUGCGACUCUGGUGGAAGUUAAGGGCACUUGCGUCAACCACUCUGAAGUGGACCCGGAUAAUCCGCCUCGGAUGCACUGCAGUGCCGAGGGAGAGUGGCUGGUCCCUAUAGGGAAGUGCACGUGCAGUCCUGGCUUCGAAGAGAAGGACGGCGCGUGCGAAGCUUGCCUUCCUGGAUUUUACAAGCUUUCCCUCCGUCUCCCGCUGUGCUCUCCUUGCCCUGAGCACAGCUUCACGCAUGAAGAAGCCUCCACGUUCUGUUCGUGCCAGAAGAACUACUCCAGGUCCCCAUCAGACCCACCAUCUGCCUCCUGCACACGCCCGCCGUCCGCCCCGAGGAACCUGGUCUACAGCCUGAAGCAGUCGACGCUGGUGCUGGAGUGGAGCGCGCCCGCGGACUCGGGCGGCCGCAGCGACGUCACCUACAGCCUGUGGUGCGGCCGCUGCCCGGGGCCGCGGCAGGGCCGCUGCGAGCAGUGCGGCAGCGGCGUGGGCUUUGUGCCCCAGCAGACGGGCCUCGUGGCCCGCACGGUCACCCUGGUGAACUUGGUGCCGCACGUGAACUACACGAUCCGCGUGGCAGCCCUCAACGGCGUCUCGGCCGUGAGCCCGCUCUCGAAGCAGCAGUACGCCGAGGUGACUGUCUCCACCGGCCUGGCAGUGCCGAGUCCCGUCACUGACGUCCGCACGGACAGAGUUGAACAGAAGAGUGUUUCCUUGUCGUGGCGGGAGCCCGGCUUCCUGGCCGCCAACAGCACGGAGUAUGAAAUCAAGUACUAUGAAAAGGAUCAAAGAGAUCAGAGUUACUCAACUGUGAAAACCACAUCAACCACCGUGACGGUCAAUAACCUGAAGCCUGGCACCCUCUACAUUUUCCAAAUCCGGACAUCAUCUUCACAGGACUACGGAAAUUACAGUCCUAGUAUUGAAGUGGAAACCUUAGGAGAGCGUGAGUUGACGGUGGCCUCCAGCGAGCAGAACCCUGUCCUGAUCAUUGUGGUGGUGGCCGUCGCGGGGCUGACGGUGCUGGUGUCCAUGGUGAUCGGCGUGAUGGUCUGGAGGAGGCAGUGCGGGUACAGCAAAGCCAGCCAGGAUGGAGAUGAGGAGCUGUACUUCCACUUUAAAAUACCAACCAGGAGGACGUACAUCAACCCUGACACUUGCGAAGACCCCAUGCAGGCCGUGCACCUCUUUGCCAAGGAACUGGAUAACUCGAAUGUUAAAAUUGAGAGGAUCAUCAGCACAGGAGAGUUUGGAGAAGUCUGCCGGGGAUGUCUGAAGCUGCCCAGUAAGAGAGAGCUGCCCGUUGCCAUCCAGACCCUGCGGGCUGGCUGCUCGGAGAAGCAGAAACACGGUUUCCUGGCCGAGGCCUGCACCAUGGGCCAGUUUGACCACUCCAAUAUCAUCCGCCUGGAGGGAGUCAUCACCAGAGGGAGCACCAUGAUGAUCGUGAUGGAGUACAUGGGGAACGGAGUGCUGGAUUCCUUUCUCAGGAAACAUGAGGGACAGUUCGCGGCCACGCAGCUCAUUGGCAUGUUGCAAGGGAUUGCCUCUGGCAUGAAGUACCUGGCAGAGAUGGGUUACGUACAUAAAAGUCUCGCUGCCCACAAAGUCCUUGUAAACAGCAAUCUGGCUUGCAAAAUAACUGGUUUCAGACAGCCACAAGAAGACAAAAUGGAGACCAUCUUCACCACUCUGAGUGGCAAGAGCCUGGUGCUGUGGUCAGCCCCCGAAGCUAUCCAGUAUCACCACUUCAGCCCUGCCAGUGAUGUGUGGAGCUUUGGCAUCGUCAUGUGGGAAGUCAUGUCCUAUGGAGAGAGACCCUACUGGGACAUGUCCAACCAGGAUGUGAUAAAGGCCAUAGAAGAUGGAUUCCGCCUCCCCGCCCCAAUGAACUGCCAGCCCCCUCUUCACCAGCUCAUGCUGGACUGCUGGCAGAAGGAGCGCAACGAGAGACCCAAGUUCUCACACAUCCACAACGUGCUGAGCAAGAUGGUGCAGAGCCCAGAGCCUCCAAAGUGCCCCAACUCCACGUGCACCAGCACGUCCAUUCCCCUCACCGAACGUACUUUCUCAGCUUUCCCGUCUUUCAGCUCUGUGGGCGAGUGGCUGGAAGCUAUAGAAAUGGGCAGGUACAAGGAUAACUUCACAGCUGCAGGCUACUGCUACUUGGAAUCUGUGGCCAGGAUGACAGUCCAAGAUGUCCUGAGCCUGGGGAUCACGCUGAUGGAGCAUCAGAAGACCAUCCUGAGUGGGAUCCAGAUGCUCCGAGCCCAGGUGAUACAAAUGCAUGGCCGAGGUGUGCAGGUGUGA